CAUGACAGCUGAUAUUGCUGAUAUUGAUGGUGUCGCCGCUGAUUCCUGUCGAGCUCUUCUUUCACAUCAUGAUGGCUGUUUUUUAAGCACAUACGGGAGGAAGAAUCCCAAGGGAAUGCGACCAACUCAAAUGGUUGCCCAGCCCAGCUCCGUCUUGGACGGCUUGGUGCGGGGUUCCAUGCCAGGAGACACGAGACUUGACUCCCCUGCGUAUCUCGGACCAACACGACCAACACUCAACGCAUCAUCACCUCCGUCUUCACCAUCACAACUCCCCAUCCUACCAUACCCUCGAUAAUACCUAAUGCUUAGUUCCAUCAUUCAAUGAAUUAUCUUGCUCUUUCUAGUCAUUUAAUGUCUAAUUACAGCCCCUAGAUACUCGGGUGGUAUCUAGAUGGCGCAGGACGAGGACAAACCCUCUGGGGCCACCCUGGGCUAUCUUGCCCCGAUAUGCGUAGCAAUAUUCUUCAUCAUGGCCUGCUUUCGAUACAGGCUUGUUUUCGGCACACGACAGCGCUUCAGAGCUCACAACCACCAAAUCGAUCACGAGUCCUGGCCGCUGGGCUUCCCCCGCAUUAUCCUG